AAAAGAUGCAGAAAAAUUUGGUAAACAUAAAAAGAUGCGAAAGUGAAAAUUUAUUAAAUUUCUAGUCAAUUAAAAAAUCCUCAAAAAUGGAACUUCCGACGGAGAUUCUAGUGAACAUCCUCAACUACCUCGACGUGCCUUCACUCAAACAAUGUCUUUUAGUUUCGAGGCAUUUUCAUAAUUUAAUUUUUAAUUCAUCGAAUUUGAUGAGGAAAUUAUUGAUAAUUUUGAAUGAAAAUUCGUUGCUGAAAAAACUUGAGUUUAUUAAAAACAACGGGAGGUGCCUUAGAUGCCUGGAAAUCACUGAUCAUGGCCACUAUCUGAUCAAAUUAUUGACACACAUGCCAAACAUCUCAACACUAAAAAUCUCCGACAACCAAUUUCAAUAUCAAGUCAAUCAGCAAGCAAUGCGGGCAAUUGAAGGAAUUUGUGAAGACAUUGGACAUGACUUUAGUGCUCUGCAGGAACUGACAAUCGAAUCUAACAAUCCAUUCGUGACUGAGCAGCUGUUGAGUCAAUUUUACAGCUGUUCAACUUUAAAGUCAUUCAACUUGAUCUGCAAAAUGUUUGACAUCAAUCAAGCCACAAAAAUUGUGCUGCUGAGGAAAUUUUUGAUGAACCAACUGGACUUAAAGGAACUGACACUAGCAACAAUGACUAAAAAUGAUGAAAUUUUCGAAAACUUUGACAAAAUGAAUUUCAAACUCAAAAAGUUCACAAUUGGCUGGGAUUGGGAAAAUCGAAGGGAAAAUUUUCAUGAAAAUUGUCAAAAUUUUUGCAGAUUUUUGAGGCAUCAAGAAGAAAUAUUAGAGGAGCUUAGCUUUGGACACUGUGGCGUUGCUGACAAUUUAACAGAAAGGACAAAAAUUAAACUUUUUGAAAGAAUGAUGAUUGAAAAUUUGCAGAAUUUUAACUUUUUGGAGGUUUUUGAUGAAGAAAAUUUGAAAUUUGAGAGGCUGCAGAACUUCCAGCACAUCCAAAAUUAUCAAAAAUUCAAUUUUAAGAAGCUUAGAAAGCUGAAAAUUUGGUGGUUCGAUAAAAGAAUCGAAAGACUUACAAGUUGCUCAAAUAUUGAGUUUUUAGACAUUUUGUACCACAACUCACUGCUUAACAUGCACCAAUGGCUGAAAAUCAAUGACAAAUUCCCAAACCUAAAGAUUCUCAAGAUCCAGUACUAUUCAGACAUAUCAGAUGACUUUUUAAGGCUCACAAAUCAAAAUUAUGAACAAAUAUUCAAAAUUUUACCAAAUUUAGUUCAACUUCAAGUCAAUACAUUUGGUUAUUCAACCAUUAGGUACAAAAAGAAUCAAGAUCGUUCAAUUAAUGUCAAAAUCUACAGUUUGGUGACUAACCCAUCAACUAAAAUCAGGCUAGAGGACUUAAGAGCAGUUCUAGGAAAGACAGAAGCAAAAUAUGUAAAUGAUAAAGAAUUUGAGAAACUUUUGGGGAUAUAGGGGUUCUUAGAUGAAUUAUUAGGGUUAUAUGUGGAUUUUAUAUAGUAGGAAACAAUUGUAUAAGUGAAAGCUAUAAAGUUUGAAUUUACAGAAGUGCAAUAUUGGCUAUGAUAUACUCACAUUUAAUAAAAUAAAG